GCUGAAUUGAGAAAUAUUCACUUAAAAAUCUUGAACAUGAAGACCCCUUUUCUCUUUGUCUGUGUGAUUGUUUUGUGUGUGACUGGGUUUUGUCAAGGAGGUGCUUUGAGGAAGAAAUUCUACAAGACAUCCUGUCCUCAAGCAGAGGAUAUUGUCAGAAGGGUCACCUGGAGCCAUGUCUUAAGCAACCCCAACUUGCCUGCAAAGCUUUUGAGAAUGCAUUUUCAUGACUGUUUUGUUAGGGGCUGCGACGGCUCUAUUUUACUAAAUUCCACUGCUACUAGCACUGCGGAGAAAGAUGCAAUUCCAAAUCUAACUUUAUCAGGAUUUGAUACUAUUGAUGCCAUAAAAUCAGAGUUAGAGAAUGCAUGUCCAGGAGUUGUAUCUUGUGCUGACAUCUUGGCCUUGGCCGCGAGGGACUCAGUUUCCUUCCAAUUCCAAAAACCCAUGUGGGAAGUGCUUACUGGUAGGAGAGACGGCAACGUUUCAUUAGCUUCCGAUGUCUUUUCUAACCUUCCUUCGCCCUUCUUCGACUUCUCCACUCUAUUGAAAAAUUUCAAGAACAAGGGUCUCAACGUCCAUGAUCUAGUUGUACUAUCAGGCGGACACACCAUUGGAGUAGGCCACUGUAAUCUCUUCAGUAACAGACUCUACAACUUCACAGGCAAAGGCGACCAGGACCCUUCUCUGAACUCCACAUACGCAACUUUCUUGAAGACCAAAUGCCAAAGUCUCAGUGACGCGACCACCACCGUAGAGUUGGAUCCUGGAAGCUCUCUAAACUUCGAUAGCAAUUACUUCGUUAUCCUCAAGGAGAACAAGGGUUUAUUCCAAUCCGACGCAGCCCUUAUAACGGACAAGAUCGCAAGAAACAUUGCUGGAGAGUUGGUUGAUUCGGGAACUUUCUUCGUUGAGUUUGCACAGUCAAUGAAAAGGUUGGGAGCAGUUCAAGUUCUUACUGGCACUGAAGGGGAGAUCAGGAACAAGUGCAGUGUAGUCAAUGCCAUUGAGAAAUAUAUUCACCCAAAAGUCUCAAACAUGAAGACCCAUUUUCUCUUUGUAUGUGUUAUUGUUUUGAGUGUGAUUGGGGUUUGUCAAGGAGGUGCUCUGAGGAAGAAAUUCUACAAGACAUCAUGUCCUCAAGCAGAGGAUAUUGUCAGAAGGAUCACCUGGAGCCAUGUCUUAAGCAACCCUAACUUGCCUGCAAAGCUUUUGAGAAUGCAUUUUCAUGACUGUUUUGUUAGGGGCUGCGACGGCUCUAUUUUACUAAAUUCCACUGCUACUAGCACUGCGGAGAAAGAUGCGAUUCCAAAUCUAACUUUAUCAGGAUUUGAUACUAUUGAUGCCAUAAAAUCAGAGAUAGAGAAUGCAUGUCCAGGAGUUGUAUCCUGUGCUGACAUUUUGGCCUUGGCCGCUAGGGACUCGGUUUCCUUCCAAUUCCAAAAGCCAAUGUGGGAAGUACUUACUGGCAGAAGAGACGGCAACGUUUCAUUAGCUUCCGAUGUCUUUUCUAACCUUCCUUCGCCCUUCUUCGACUUCUCCACUCUCUUGAAAAAUUUCAAGAACAAGGGUCUCAACGUCCAUGAUCUAGUUGUACUGUCAGGCGGACACACCAUUGGAGUAGGCCACUGUAAUCUCUUCAGCAACAGGCUCUACAACUUCACAGGCAAAGGCGACCAGGACCCUUCUCUGAACUCCACAUACGCAGCUUUCUUGAAGACCAAAUGCCAAAGUCUCAGUGACUCGACCACCACCGUAGAGAUGGAUCCUGACAGCUCUCUAAACUUCGAUGGCAAUUACUUCGUUAUCCUCAAGGAGAACAAGGGUCUAUUCCAAUCCGAUGCAGCCCUUCUAACGAACAAGAUCGCAAGAAAUAUUGCUGGAGAGUUGGUUGAUUCGGGAGCUUUCUUCGUAGAGUUUGCACAGUCAAUGAAAAGGUUGGGAGCAGUUCAAGUUCUUACUGGCGCUGAAGGGGAGAUCAGGAACAAGUGCAGUGUAGUCAAUGCCUAAGCGAUUCCUUCUGCAUGGCUUUGUUCUUCUCGGAUUAUUUUGUGUUGUGAUUAUUUAAAUUAUUUAACCCUUUAAGGUCCAAUAACCUUUUGACGGAAAAAUGUGUGAGCUA